GUAGAUAUUCGGACUAUGCUAGAAGAAACCCAGCUGAAAUUUGAGGAAAGACAGAGGGUUUGAAGGUCAUUGGGAUCACAAAUAAGAGGGAAACCACUGUUAUGUGGAGUAAAUCCAUUGGUUGUCCACUGUACAAUGCCAUUGUGUGGAUGGAUGCUCGUACAAGCUCUGUUUGCAAGAGAUUACAAAGUGAGCUAUCAGGUGGUAGAACCCACUUCGUGGAGACUUGUUGGCUGCCAAUCAGUACCUACUUCAGUGCUCUUAAAUUAUUAUGCUUGAUGGAAAAUGUGGAUGCUGUCAAGGAUGCAGUCCAGACUGGCCUUCAGUGUGAAAUGACUACUGAAAUGGAAGGAUCUCGGCACAAACAUGCUACAUGGGCACUUCAGUCUUCAUCUUCAAAAGUAGACAAGGAUUUGACAGUUCAAGGAGGAUGAGAUCCUGGUCAUUGUCUUCGACUAGGACCUGUCCCUCUAUAUGGAACUUUUAACCAAACAGUUUGAUUUAGAACUCUAAAAUACCACCACAGUUUAGUAGUUUUCAUAU